AUGUGUCUCAGCACUCUCCGGCUGAAGCCGAGUCUGAGCAGGACCUCCCUGGGGAAGGUGUCCUCCUGGCCUUUCUUGGUCUCCGUGGUCGUCUUCUCCCUGGAGUCGUUGGCUGCAGUGUUGCAGAGUGGCUUUGGGGUUGCUGUGCUUGGCAGGGAGUGGGUGCGGCGCCAGACACUGCCCGCAGGCGAUGGGACUGUGGCCUUCUUGGCCACCUCCCACUUUGGCCUGCAUGGGGUGGCCCUCCUGAACAACCUCCUGGCCUCCCUUGAGUUUUGGGAGCUGCAUGGGGGCGUGGUUCCGGGACUUCCGGUGGUGGAUGAGAGCGCCAUGGUCUUGGAUAUCGUUUCAUUCCCUCUGUGCCUGGAGGCCGUGGUGAGCAACGGCUUGAUCGCUGCGGCACUGGGCGUGCAGUGGCUGCUACGGAGAGCACUGUCACCUUGUGAUAAGUUACUGAUCAGCCUGGGGGCGUCCUGCUUCUGUCUGCAGUGGGUGGUGAUCGGUGAAGAAUUUGUUUUCCUGUGUCCAAAGGCCACCCCGUCCAACCCUGUACUCCAGUUCCUAGCCUUCCAAUGGGACUUCUUCAGUGCUGCCACCUUCUGGUUUUCCAGCUGGCUCAGUGUCUUCUACUGCGUGAAAAUUGCAACCCUAACUCACCUGCUCUUCCUCCGGCUCAAGUGGAAGGUGUCUGGGCUGGUUCCAUGGAUGCUGCUCAGCUCUGUGGGGCUCUCCACGUUGAGCACCAUCUUAUUUUUCAUAGGCAACCAACGCAUCUAUCAGAAGUACUUCAGGGGAGGUCUGCAGUCUCAGAAUGUCACUGGGGACGCUAUUAGGAGAACAUACGAGAAAUUCUAUUUCUUCCCUCUAAAAAUUGUUGCCUGGACAGUCCCUGCUGUUGCCUUCCUCUCUGGCAUGGUUUUGCUGAUCACAUCUCUGGGAAGGCACGCCAGGAGGACCUUCCUGCCCAUCUCGGGCUCUCACGACCCCAGUGCCCAGGCGCACAUCAAGGCUCUCCUCAUCCUCGUGUCCUUCGCCAUUCUCCUCACCUCCUCUUUUCUGUCACUGGUGCUCAGCGCUGCAGGUGUUUUCCCAUCUCGGGAACUGAAGUGGAGGGUGGUGGCUUAUCUGUGCACAGCGGUCCACCCCGUCAUCCUGCUGGGGAGCAACCCCAGGCCGAGAGCCACGCUGGGGAGGGGCCACUCCUGA